GGGCUGUAACAGUUGGCUAGAAUACCUAACUGCAUCUUCUGGCAGUACAAUGGAACCUGACACGAUGGGGCCACAACCGACCACGGGCGAAGCAGGAGAGGAGUACAGGGCAUCGCCCGAUCGAGCACUGAGGGAUCUGAAGGAACGAAUUAGGCAAGAAGCACCACUGAGAUGGGCUGACCAAACCAAUGACGGAGGGCCCGACAUGAGAGGCGAACCAGUUGCGACAGAGCCGCAGGAGGCUCUAAAGACGGGUACCUCGAGCGGACGACRAGAAGCGACGAGGCGGCGCUUCCCCGAGUACGAGCGGAGGGACACCAUAGCGGACAGGUACAAAGAUGACUGGAAAGAGAAUUUGAGGGAUUCCUAUUGGAGGGACAGAGAUAGAGACAGGGCGCCGCCCAGGCGAGUCUUCGACCCCCAGACAGGGGAGUCACAUCCGCUCCCUUACGAGAGCAAGAACCGCUAUAUUAUUACGCACAAGGUCUCAGAGCCUCCUGCCUUCAGGGUUUAUGGUAUCACAGAAUAUCUGGAGAAGUGGGAGCUUCACGCCAGCCGGAGUCAGUGGUCGGAGGAAGAGAUUAUAGAGAACUUCCUAUUUAAUGUGGACCCAUGUCUCGGUAGGGAAGUUAAGGAAGCUCGACCGAAGGAUGGGAAAUGGACUUCGUACAAGAAGAAUCUCGUUGAACUUUACAAACUGGAGGACAACAAGUAUUCCAUUAAGGACCUUGAAACAAUGACUCAAGAUGACGAUGAGAGCGUACGGGCAUUUGGGAUGCAUUUCCAGAAGAUCUCCGACAUGCUGAUGAAGAAGGGGAAGAUCUCAGAGGUCGAGCGCUGUACUAUCUUUAUCGGAUACUUGUCCAAAGACGACAGGACAUCUACUCCCAGGAACUCAUGCGUCUACUGUAGAGGAGAAGAUCAUAUCAAGAGGGAUUGCCCGGACCUCAAACGGGCAAUAGAUGACGGACUUGUCGUGCUUGACGACCGCAAGUACGUCAAGUGGGCAGAUGAUCUGGGAGAUGUAUCGAUGUUCCCUUCGAUGAAGGAGAAUGUCGAAGCAAGGAGAAUAAAGACGAGUAAAGGAAUGGAGCCGGUCAGGAGCCAGAGCAUCAAGAUAAUCUUUGAGGGGGAUAUCGCGACCACACCCAUAAGGGUGGCAGCCACCAAGUCGGCAAGAGGGUCUACAUCGAAGAAGACUGACACGGAUUACGUGAUGACGGAGAAGGACGGGCAGCGGGUCGAUGGAGAGGAGGUUAUCCUUUCGCCGCGAAAGAGGGGACUGAAGAAGUUCUUAAUGAAGAGUUCGUUGGACGAGAUUGACACGGUUCAGCCACUGAGGCGGGCCCUUCGGCAACCAAUGCAGUGCUCUAUUCUGGAGUACCUGGCGGCAUCGAAGCCGGCUCGUGAUGAAUUACAGAUGAUCAUGCGGAAGACUCGCAUACCUCUAUCAGAGGAGGGUCAGGGGGCCCCUAAAGCGGAAGCUUCUACAGUAGCAGUAACGGGGGUGACUGCCAGAGCAGAACGCAUGGCGACAGUCCUUCUCGAUGGGAUGGAAGGUGUGCCUCGAGACAAGUUUUAUAUACUUGGUAGCGGGGCCGUAGAGACGAUUGUAAACGAUGGAGCGAUACUCGAUGCUGUGAUUGAUAACGGCAGUGAGGCUGUCAUCAUAGACGAGGACCUGGCAGUACAAGUUGGACUGGGCCUCGAUAGGUCAUACCUAUUCGAGAUAGAGACGGCUGACGGGAGAAAACAACAGAUCACUGGGGUUUGUCACAAGGCAGCCAUAGAGGUCCAAGGGGUAAGAGUGACUCUGUCUGUCUUUGCAGUCAAGAACUGCAGCUCCGACCUGCUCUUGGGUCAAACGUGGUAGAGCCACGUGCAUGCGGUGACAAUAGAGCGACCUGAUGGGAGCCAAACAUUGUCCAUUAGGAAACCAGA